AUGGUCGUCAACUCCGCAACUACCGACUACGAUGAGGACCCUAAAAGUCACAGGGACCGUUAUACCUCCACCACAGUCGACUGUGACGAUGCUUCCGAAGAUCCCAGGAGCUCCGAAUGUGUUGUGUGCAUGGAGGAGCACCCGACAGACCAGCUCAUUUAUUUUUGCUCUGCCUCUUAUUCCAAAACAACAUCGGAAUCGAACACCUCUCACGCGAGCCACGGUUACUGCGACGGCUGCCUCGUCGACGGCAUCCGCAGUGCAACCGAGGGUCGUUAUCCAUUCCGCUGCUGCGGCAAGACAUUCAACACAAACGAGUACUCAUGUGUCUCCUUGUCCGCCGAGGAAAAGGAGGCGUACGAGGACAUGGUCGUGGAGAUCAACACACCAAGCCCGGUUUACUGCUCUAACCCUCAGUGCAGCAGCUUCAUCAAACCCGAUAUGAUUCAGAGCGAUCUCGCUAUUUGUCUCGAGUGCUCCGCCAGCACCUGCAAACAUUGCCGUCAGCCUUACCACCCGACCGUGGUUUGCACCCAAGACCAGGAUACACUCAAGGUGCUCGCUCUGGGCAAGAAGAAAGGGUGGAAACAAUGCCCAAUGUGCAACUACAUGAUCGAACUGGUCAGGGGCUGCCACAUAAUCAAGUGUAGAUGUUCCUGGUCAUUUUGCUACGAGUGUGGCGCCUCCAACAAGUCAAGCUUGGAUGAUCGGCGCCACACAUGGCACAGAACUUGUUGGGGGCCACCCGAUCAUGGCUAUGCUGCCGCCACCGCCGCCGUCGAUGACGCCGUCAAUCCCGCCAUUGAAAACGGACCUCCGCCAGAGGAGCAGCUGCAGCCCCGUCGCAAUAAACCCAGCGUUCUGAGAAUAAUCAAGGAUCGGUGGCGGAAUUUGGGGCGAGGUUGGAAAGAGACGUGGACGGAGGAAAAGUUACGAUCUCAAGAGCGGUCUCAGGAGCGGGCAAGAGAGUUUAGAAGAGAGCUGGAGCUGGAGAGGUUGAUGGUGAGGGAGCUAGCGCUGGCAAGGCGUAACGAGAUGGAGGCGGAGAGGGUACUGAAGCUGAAGCUGGCGAGGGAGAAGGCGAGGAUCGGGAAGGCUGUACAGGCUGAGUGGGACCGCAAUAAGCCUGCGAUUAAUGACAACGACAACAACAACCGUAUCCAUGACAACCAAGCGAGAGCGAGAGCCAUGCCUCAGCAAAACGUCCAGCCUCAACAACAACCUCCCCAAGAGCCUCGCAAUCGUCCUGCUUACCGCGGGCGUGGCUAUCUCUGGAUGGGGAUGAUGGUUUCACCCUCCAGGCCGAAUCAGCCCGAGAACAACAACAACGACAACUACCACCAGCGAGCCAGACUUCGGAGCGAACAGAUCAGUCAACAGCCCCGCAACCCUCUCGACAAUCACAACACUCGCGAACGUAGCAUUAAGACGCAGCCUCGAGCACGAUCGAACUCCCUGCCCUAA